AUUACUUUAACCUUCUCAAGAUUCAUUUCCCUUCUUUCUGCUAAACUUAAUGUCUUCCUUCUAUUGACUCUUUUUGGGAAUAAGGAGCAACAAUCUUCUAUCUCCCCUCAUCCUCAGUUUUUUCUUUGUUUCUUCUUCCAGAACCCUGCUUAUGAUAUACUUCUGUGUCCUUGAUUUUCCUUAUGCUCAAGAAGUAGGCCCAAGAUAGUCUUAAAAUGGUUUCUACCAUUGUCUCUCUCUCUCUUUUUUUUUUUUUUUUUAAAGCAGAUUCCUUAAGGUUUUAAGGAAUCUGGAAAAUUGCCUUCCUAGACUCACCCAAGACUAGCCACUUUAGAAAAUGCACUCUCCUCCCCAAAACCCGCCCCCACAUAGGCAGGUUUUUUCUUUUGGGCAAACCUGCUUCUUGGGAAGGGAGGUGGCCAAACCUGUUUGAAGGGGAGGUUACCUCCUUUCCACAUCUCCCUCCUCCUUGGAGGCAAGAGCAACAAACAGUUGAGACAGAGAAAAAGCGUUCAGAAGUGUUGGGGAGCUGGGAUAUCCAGCUCCCCGACAACUCUCAGUGUUUAAAGAAGGAGACAGGGAGACCUGCGAAGAUGGGAACUCUACAAGAGGCAGGAGAAAAGACAUCCGAUCCUGGGGUCAGGGAGAAUGCAGAAACAGCAGGGCUAGGAGCAUCCCUGAGACUUGGGGAACUGGAGCUGAUGGAGGAAUGGCAGGAUGAAGAAUUCCCCAGAUUGCUUCCUGAAGAGGCUGACCCUUCUGAAGAUCCUGUUGAUCCUGAAGGAGAUUCACAGGCAGGUACCCCCAACACUUUAGCCCUAUGUGGCCAUCGCCCCAUGCGUAAGCGUCUUUCUGCCCCAGAGUUGCGACUGGAUCUGACCAAGGGGCCUGGAGAUGAUGGAGCGUCUCCCACCCACUCUGAUCCUUCCUCCUCCGAGGGCAGUUCUGACCUGGAGGUAGACGAGUUGGAGACACCUUCAGACUCGGAGCAGCUGGACAGUGGACAUGAAUUUGAAUGGGAAGAUGAGCUGCCCCGGGCAGAGGGUCUAGGGGCUAGCGAGGCAGCUGAGAGGCUGGGCCGGGGUUGCAUGUGGGAUGUGGCUGGAGAAGAUGGUCAUCACUGGAGGGUGUUCCGAACAGGACAGCAGGAGCAGCGAGUGGACAUGACUGCCAUUGAGCCCUAUAAGAAAGUGCUGUCUCAUGGAGGCUACCACGGUGAUGGCCUCAAUGCGGUCAUCGUCUUCGCUUCCUGUUAUCUGCCCAGAAGCAGCAUCCCCAACUACACCUACGUCAUGGAACACUUGUUUAGGUAUAUGGUGGGGACUCUGGAGCUGCUGGUAGCUGAAAAUUAUCUGCUGGUUCACCUGAGCGGAGGCACAAGUAGGGCCCAGGUUCCACCUCUGAGCUGGAUACGCCAGUGUUACCGUACUCUGGACCGGCGGCUCCGGAAGAACCUGCGCGCCCUGCUGGUUGUCCAUGCGACGUGGUAUGUGAAGGCAUUCCUGGCGCUGCUUCGGCCCUUCAUCAGUUCUAAGUUUACACGAAAGAUUCGUUUUCUGAGCAGCCUGGGAGAGCUGACCCAACUCAUCUCCAUGGAUCAGAUCCACAUCCCGGAAGCUGUCAGACAGCUGGACCAGGAUCUCUAUGGCUCAGGCGGGAUCUAGCAUAGGACUGGAGUAAAAGGACCUCAUAACCAAGCAAAGAUAAUUGAUCUGCCUACACCCUAACCCCUGAAACAUCUGAGCUGUCUUGUAAACAUCUUAUCCUCAACCCCAGUAUCGCUGGGUCUUCACACCUCAGUGAGACGUCAUUCAUUCCGUGACGGUGCCUUCAGAGUAGGCUCUGAGGUCCAGAACCUGAUCUGGUGGGUGACUUUCCUUUCAGUUGGAGGGGUGCCUGUGGUGCCAUUUUGUAUAGGAAAGUGCAAAGCGGUGCUGCUUUAGCUGUAGAACCUUGGGCAAAUUCAUCUCCCUGAGUCUGAGAUCCUUCGGGGCUGAGAUCCUUUCCCCCUGGGGUGUUCUAGCAGUCUGUGAAGGUGAGGGAUGAAUGGGGAGGGCAGGGCUUGACUGACCACAGCCAGCCUGCCUACUGGGAGUCCACAGUCAGUGCCCCAAAUGCUAAAGGAACAGUCAACAACAAGGUUACCCUCUCUCCUUCAGUAGUCACGUCUGUUGCCUGUGACACUGGCCUGUGAGCCUGGGGAAAGGUUGUUCUCAAACCUGUACUUUUGUCCUCUUUAAUAAAUUCAGAUCUGUAGCGGUUAAUAAACUGUGAUGAGAGGUUUAAGCUCUGCUCCGAGGAAGUGAACUCCUCUUUCCCCAGCCCCUUACAUCACAAUCUGUCCGUUCUGGCACAGGGUUCACGCUACAGGUUCCCUGGGAUUUUUAGCUGAGCGCCUGGGCCUGCGGGGAGAGGGCA